AUUAUCAUUUCCUCUUCACGGCAAUCGCUCUUUCGAUCUCUCCCCUUGACUGGUCGCGUUUCAUGGCGGCCUUUGCGAUUUUGUGGUCGCUCGUGGUGUCCCAGGAGGCCUGCGCGGCAGAGCAGUGUGGUUUCAAGGGUGGGUCCAACACCGUGUCUAAAGAUGUGGCCUCCAUGGUCCAACUCAAUGUUGGCCAGUCCUCCAGCAUCAACACGAUGGCCCUAAAGAAUGGCGCCUAUUACGUGGCAGCAACACGCAUAAGCUGCGAUCAGCACUGCAAUGACAACAACCUGGGCACCUGUAAUGCGGAAAUGACCAACAGUGCCACACAAAACGACCUGCAAGACCUGGCUCCUGGGUGCACCUUUGGCACGGGUACGGCAUCUUAUGCUCCUAUGCUCUACUGGGCGGCCGGGAAACGCUGGUGCGUCACAAACAUCGCAAAUUCAACUGAGUGCGGUCAAACAGUAGAAAAUUAUCCAGCCCAACGAGUCUGCUACUGCGAGGCUGGUGGUGUUGCUGGUGAUCCCCAUAUCCAGAGUUUGCAGGGAGCCCAUUACACCUUGCUGCAGCAAGGCUUUUUCGUCGCCUGGAACUUCUCCAAGGCUGUGCCAGCAUCAACUGUGCCAAGUGCAGCUCCAGCUCGUGGGUGGCAGCUCCUUGCGGCCUAUGCAGGCCAUGGCUUCACCACGCAAGGCCUGCUGCUUUUGGAUCCCCACUCCGGGCAGUCCAUGGAAAUCACAGCAGAAGACUGCUCUUGGCGCGUCAAGGAGAAGCAAACCCCAUGGCGCAAGGCGCAGGUGGAGUUGCUAUCGGCAGAAGACGGGACGACCAGCCUCCAAGUGAAGAAGCUACACGAGAAACUGGGUGAAACCAAGAUCUUGAGGUCUGCAAUCCUGUUGCAGAUGGGGUCAGGGUCCGACAUGAAGAACAUCUCAACCCUUGUGGUCCAUUGCAGGCCAAAGCAUCACCUCGACUUCAAGGUAAGCAUGUUCCAGAAGAGCGACAUCGACCAUGUGGGUGGUGAACUUGGAGUGGCUCCAGACGUAGACCACAACUACCACUUCUUGGUCAGCAAACAGGGCAUCAUGCGAAUGAGAGCAGACCAAGAGUUUCAGGCACCUGGAUCGUGGGUGACCUUGGGUGGCAGCCCAGCUGGGGCCGCAUACUUGGAGAAGCAACACCAAACAGGGAUAAGUAUGGUGCAGUCGCAGGGUUGCAGUGAUGCUCAGGAGGACGAUGCCAGAGCCAUUUGUUCGAAGCACCUCCAGCAAACGACUCACCCGGAGACGUUUGCUGAUUGUGUGUACGACUUAUGCCAUGGAGGUGAUGAAUCUUUCGCCCAAAGUGCGGCAGCAUUCCUUUCGGAAUCCAGCGCCUGAUAAACUUUAGGCACGAAAGCAAGCCGCCGCAAAUGGCUGGAGUGCUGGGAUGCUGAACGCAAACGCGUGUACGUCCCAAAGAAGAAGUGAAAAAGACUACAUUUGCCUGGCCGCAUACUAAACGGGAUGUUUUUGAAUUAAACACAAAGAUUUUUUGAAACGAUGAACAUCAGUAAACGCAUUGUAAACAGGGGGUUGAUGUGACCCUGAUGUGACCCGGUCGCAUCGGCUCGUGCCUUGCGGGAAUACAUGUUUCCAGUCACCUGAUGUGACUAAAGUUG